AUGGAUUUGAUGAGCUUCAUUCUCUUAUGGGCUGGGCUGAUGAAAGUCGCAGAAGCCUCAAUUGCACAGUUCAGCCAGUUGGGAGCCUCAGCCCCUGGAAACAUCAUCAUUGGAGGACUUUUCCCCAUCCAUGAGGCAGUGGUGCCAGUAAACUACACCGGCAACAACAGCAUCUCUGCCCCUGAGCAUCCGGACUGCAUCAGAUUCUACACAAAGGGUCUAAAUCAAGCUCUAGCGAUGAUUAAUGCUGUAGAAAUGGCAAACAAAUCCCCCAUGUUGAGCAGUUUGAACAUUACUCUAGGAUACCGAAUCUACGACACAUGUUCUGAUGUCACGACUGCACUGCGGGCUGUCCAUGAUAUUAUGAGGCCGUUCUCAGACUGUGAAUCACCAGAAGACUCAUCUCAACCCGUCCAGCCAAUAAUGGCAGUAAUUGGGACCACUUCAUCCGAGAUCUCAAUCGCAGUUGCUCGAGAUCUCAACCUUCAGAUGAUACCUCAGAUUAGUUACGCAUCUACAGCCACGAUUUUGAGUGAUAAAAGUCGUUUCCCUGCUUUCAUGAGGACUGUGCCCAGUGAUGAGUAUCAAACCUGUGCCAUGGCCAAACUUCUAAAGUCCAACAAAUGGAGCUGGGUUGGCAUUAUCAUUACAGAUGGAGAUUAUGGACGUUCUGCCUUGGAAGGUUUCAUACAGCACACCGAAACGGAGGGAAUUUGCAUCGCCUUUAAAGCAAUCCUUCCAGACUCACUAGCAGAUCAACAGAAACUAAACACAGACAUCGAAAACACCUUGAACAUCAUUGAAAACAAUCCGAAAGUUAGAGUGGUGAUCUCGUUUGCUAAAUCCUCUCAAAUGCAGUUGCUAUUUAAGGGGCUGCAGAGUAGAAACAUUUCAAAUAACAUGGUGUGGGUUGCCAGUGAUAACUGGUCGACGGCUAAACAUAUUCUGAAUGAUGGUAGCAUCACUGAUAUUGGGAAAGUGCUGGGCUUUACCUUCAAGAGUGGAAAUUUUACAUCUUUUCAUCAGUACCUAAAGAAUCUACAGUUUGAAAGUGAAGAUGAGAUGAACAAUUCAUUCCUGAAGGAAUUUUUAAAACUCAACGCAGGCAAUGCUUCCAAUACCGUGCUGGAGCUGAUGAAAAGCACCAAUUUGGACAAGAUUUUCAGCAUUGAGAUGGCCGUCACUGCUGUUGCUAAUGCUGUGGCUAAACUAUGUGCAGAAAGACAAUGUCAGGACUCUACAGCUCUCCAGCCUUGGGAGCUCCUUAGGCAGUUGCGGAGCAUCACUUUUGAGAAUGGAGGAGAAAUGUACAAAUUUGAUGCGAAUGGUGAUAUUAAUUUGGGUUAUGAUCUCUUCCUGUGGGAAGGAGAUCAAUCUGACGAACAUGCUGAUGACAUAAUAGCAGAAUAUGAUCCAACCAAAGGUGGAUUCCACUACAUACACAAUGAUCUGAGUGAAAUUAAGAAAGUGGUAUCUAGGUGUUCAAACAGCUGUCAGCCAGGCCAGUACAAGAAAACAGCAGAGGGUCAGCACACAUGCUGUUAUGAGUGCCUCACCUGUGUGGAAAACCAUUAUUCCAACAUAACAGAUGCUGAUGAAUGUUCCCCAUGUGACAGUGAGAGCAUGUGGUCAUUGGCCAACAGCACUGAAUGUCAUCCCAAGGUUUUUGAAUACUUUGAUUGGAACAGUGGCUUCGCUAUUGUCCUGCUGAUACUGGCUGCCCUCGGCGUCCUUCUCCUCUUCUUCAUGUCCGCACUAUUCUUCUGGCAAAGACACUCUCCGGUGGUCAAGGCUGCAGGCGGGCCGCUUUGUCAUCUGAUCCUUGUCUCCCUGCUGGGCAGUUUUAUCAGUGUCGUUUUCUUUGUAGGCGAACCGAGCGAUUUGACAUGCAGGGCAAGGCAGGUUAUCUUCGGCUUCAGCUUCACGCUGUGCGUCUCAUGCAUCCUGGUCAAGUCCUUAAAAAUCCUGCUGGCGUUCGAGAUGAACUUUGAGCUGAAGGAGCUUCUCUGUAUGCUCUAUAAGCCAUAUAUGAUUGUCAGCGUCGGCAUGGGGGUACAGAUCAUCAUUUGCACUGUUUGGCUGACCUUGUACAAGCCGUUUAAAGACAAAGAGGUGCAGACCGAAUCCAUUCUACUUGAAUGUAACGAGGGAUUCUAUGUGAUGUUUUGGUUAAUGCUGGGAUAUAUAGCUUUGUUGGCUUUGUUCUGCUUCACGUUUGCAUAUAUAGGCAGAAAACUACCUCAGAAGUACAAUGAAGCCAAGUUCAUCACUUUCAGCAUGGUCAUCUGCCUCAUGGCGUGGAUCAUCUUCAUCCCGAUUCAUGUCACCACCAGUGGCAAAUACGUGCCGGCUGUGGAAAUGGUUGUCAUUCUUAUUUCAAACUAUGGAAUCCUGAGCUGUCACUUUUUGCCCAAAUCUUACAUUAUUCUUUUCAAAAAGGAGCACAAUACUAAAGACGCAUUCAUGAAGAAUGUUUAUGAAUAUGCAAGAAAGAGCGCAGAGAAUAUCAAGGGCUUGACCGGGACUGAGCCGCAAUUUAAACAAGAGAAUUCGGUCUACACAAUAUCCAAUCUGUCAUUCGUGCCUGAAGAGAAACACGAAUAA